CUGGUGGAAAGACUCAUCCGAAAGCAAAAGAGCCUGAGUCAGCGCUGCCCUAGGGGCCCUCCGCCCCUGGGGGGCGGGGGUGUGUCACAGAUGGGCCCCGGAGUAAAGUAGGGCAGAAGAAACUGGGCCAAGCUGCACUUUUACCUCGAGGGGCCUCGAGGGCUCUCCGUGUCUCUGGAAACAAGGGCACUACAAGCACUUCAGGAUGAAGAGUUGACAUGUUUGCUGCUUCUGCCUCUCCCCGCCGGUCUAAGUGGAUCGCUCCACCUAUUUCCUCCCCCGCUCUUUGGGCGCAAUGGAUUGUUCCAUUACCCCUCCAGUCUCGGGCCUGCGUUGCGGGGGACACUGGCACGGUCCUCAUCGCCCCCUUCUCAGGCGGGAGCAUGCUGGGGCUCCUGGGGCUGCGGCUCCCCCCGGCGGGGUUCCUGCUCCUGUUGCCAUUACUGCUGCUGCUGCUGCUUCCCGCAACCCCCGCGCCCCAUCGGGCUUCCUACAAGCCGGUCAUCGUGGUGCAUGGGCUCUUUGACAGCUCGUACAGCUUCCGCCACCUGCUGGAAUACAUCAACGAGACACACCCUGGGACUGUGGUGACAGUGCUCGAUCUCUUCGAUGGGAGAGAGAGUUUGCGGCCCCUGUGGGAACAGGUGCAAGGGUUCCGAGAGGCUGUGGCCCCCAUCAUGGCAAAGGCCCCUCAAGGGGUGCACCUCAUCUGCUACUCGCAGGGGGGCCUGGUAUGCCGGGCACUGCUGUCUGUGAUGGAUGAACACAAUGUGGAUUCUUUCAUCUCUCUCUCCUCUCCACAGAUGGGACAGUAUGGAGACACGGACUAUUUGAAGUGGCUGUUCCCCACCUCCAUGAGGUCUAACCUCUACCGCAUCUGCUAUAGCCCCUGGGGCCAGGAAUUCUCCAUCUGCAACUACUGGCAUGACCCCCACCAUGAUGACUUGUACCUCAAUGCCAGCAGCUUCCUGGCCCUGAUCAAUGGGGAAAGAGACCAUCCCAAUGCCACUGCUUGGCGGAAGAACUUUCUUCGUGUGGGCCGCCUGGUGCUGAUUGGGGGCCCUGAUGAUGGUGUCAUUACCCCCUGGCAGUCCAGCUUCUUUGGAUUCUAUGAUGCAAAUGAGACGGUCUUGGAGAUGGAGGAGCAACUGGUUUAUCUGCGGGAUUCUUUUGGGUUGAAGACUCUCCUGGCGCGGGGGGCCAUAGUGAGGUGUCCAAUGGCUGGGAUCUCCCACACGGCCUGGCACUCCAACCGUACCCUUUAUGAGACCUGCAUUGAACCUUGGCUCUCCUGAGGGAUCCCUCAGGAACUCCCCAGCCCAGAGACCAGGUGGUAGCCUUGGCUGUCAGGCCCUGGUGUGCCCGUGACCACCUCAUCGCUCCCCCACUGCCCCCACCAACCAGGGCUCCCAGGGCCCCUCCCUCCGCUCCUCUGUGAAAGGCAAAUCCUGGUUUCCGCCAUCUCGUGUCCUCUCGUUUGGGGCUCGCUGCGAGCUCCCCCAUCCUCUUAAGGCCAAGCUUGGGAAGUGAGAAGCCAGGUUUACUCGUGGCUGCUCCUCGACUCUGGCUGGAGACGCAGAACCCAGCCCCUGCCCACCACAGGGGUCUCCUUCCAGGCCACUCAGGACAUUUUUAGCUUCUGUUUUCCCCAUGUUCCCUGUUCGUCUGAACUCCCCUGUUGUGAGCCCUCCCAAACCCCAGGAAGGACCACCCAUAGAGUGGGGUUCUGAGGCUCCCCUAUGGGGACAUUUCCGUUCUUGAAGUGUCAGUGUUGGGGAAUAUCUGUGGCCCAUGAGGCCCAUCUCAGGUGUGGGGAUCCCCCAGUCCCUAUGUUCAGUAUUGGGGUGCCCUUGGGGAGCUCAGUUUCUUUGAGGCUCCAGCCCCUCUUUUAGCUACCCUUGAAUGGGUGUUACCCCUGUAUUUAUGGAAAUAAAGAUCCAUUUACUCAGU